CCUGUCGGGAAAAGCACCAUCUUCACCCUUCAGCUCCCAAACAAACUUCAACACACUCCAAACCGCAACUUUUCCUCCAGCAGUCUUCAUCGAGAAAUCCCGUUGCCAGCCACAUCAGCUGGACAAACAAACGCAAAAAUGUCUCCUCCAUCCGCACGGCUGCAAACCAAACCCGUGAUAACGUGUCUGAAGACGUUUCUCGUCUCGUACAGUCUGAUUUUCUGGUUCACAGGAGUGAUCUUGUUGGCUGUUGGAGUAUGGGGGAAAGUUAAUUUGGAAUUCGACCUACUCUUGAGUUCAGACAAGGGCACCAAUGCACCAUAUGUCCUCAUUGGGACCGGAGCUAUGAUCAUCAUCUUUGGAUUGUUUGGUUGCUUUGCGACCUGCCGUGGGAGUCCAUGGAUGCUGAAACUGUAUGCUAUGUUCCUGAUACUGGUGUUCUUAGCCGAACUGGUGGCAGGCAUAUCCGGCUUCAUUUUUAGACAUGAGAUUAAAGCAGUACUGCAAGAUGUUUAUAAAAGUGCAGAAUCAGCCUACACUGGUACGGACAUCAGAAGCAACGAUCUAGACAGGAUCCAGAGAACACUGCAAUGCUGCGGAGAAAAGAACUACACUAGCUGGGCAAACACAGAUUACUUCCAAAGAGAGGGCAUCCCCAAAAGUUGCUGUAAUGCGACUGCUGGUGGUAAUUGCACUAAUGUAGAACUGAAGGAUCUCAAGCUGGCUGCAGCAGUGGUGUACCAGCAUGGCUGUUUCUCUCUGAUGACUACCACGUUGGAGGCUAAUCUUGGAAUUAUUGCUGGAAUAUCUUUUGGAAUAGCCUUCUUCCAGCUUAUUGGAAUAUUCCUGGCAUGCUGUCUGUCUCGCUAUAUCACUAACAACCAAUAUGAGAUGGUGUAGUAAUCCUCCACCACAGGAUAUCAUCUCAAGACCACCAAGGACUGAACCUGACACAAAGGGAAAUCAUGUAGUUUCAGUGUUUUCUAUGUGUGCCUUAGCUAAGCAUUUCAUUUUAGAGAUUUUCUCGCUGCUUUUUAACAAUAUUUCUUGUUGCUAGCUAGAUUGAAUGGAUGGUACCCACUUCUGAGGAACAGGACAAUUUUGCAGUUGUUUCAGUUGUUUUGUCACACUGUAAAUAUAACUAUGGUUAGAUGCACAUAUGUUUGUAUUACGUGCAUACAUUUUACCCAGUGUUAAACCAGAAAUACUCAGUCAGCUAAGCAGCAGAUGGCGUACUGUAUGCAUCAACUUAACAUAGAGCCAAAAUGAUAGUAAAGUUUUUUUUUUCUCCAUGAAACCUGAACCCUUUCUCAACAUUUGUCAAAAAGGACAUAUUUGAGUAAAACUUGAUCAUUCAAGACAAUAUUUUGUAUGGCCUUUUGAGAUCCUGUUAUAUCCAACCCAGUAUGUUGCAUAUUAAGUUUUUUUUUUUAUUGGCCUUAUCACCUGAUAUUUUGUUUUUGUUACAGAAAAAAUCUGACCCAUUAAGUUUGGAUUGCUUUUGUGAAAAUGUAGUUAUUUGUAGCCUUCAAUUAUUAAUGUAGCUGUGAUAGUGUAGUAAUAACAUAAAUUGCAGAAUGCCAUGACUGUGAUGAGCUAAAAAAAAAAAAUAGUAGUCUCUUUUUAACUUUGAUACGUCUACAAAAUGUGAAACAGUCACAGAUGUUUGUCAGUUCACAAUAUUAAAAAUGUACAUACAAUAACGGAAAUAUCAACUCCUUGGUACAA